GGUUCUUUACCUUUUUCCAAUUUCGUUAUUCUCUCUCUCUCCCUCUCUCUCUCUCUGUUUCCAAAAACCCCAGCUUCAAUGGAGAGGCUUAUCUCUUCUCCUUCCUCCUCCUCUCUAAUCCCAAGGCCUCGCUUCCCCUUCCCUCCCUCCCCUUUCUAUUCUUCUGGAAGACCCAAGCUCUCUCUCCUCCCUCUCAAACCCAUCUCUGCUUCUCUCUCCUCCGAGCAACGGGGCCCACCACCUCGACCUCCUUCCCCCUCUCUCGCGCCUCUCCUCUCAAAGGAGAAGGAUUCUAAGAAUUACUCAUGUGCCCAAUUCCCCAGAUCAGCGGAUUCGGCUGCUUCCCUCCUAAAAAAGGUUGCUACUUCUGCCAUAUUCAUUCUCCUGUCAGCACUGCUCACAACAAUAAUCCAGUCAAUCUUAGUACGACCAGCAUUUGCAUCAGCCGUUCACUCCGCAACCAAUACAGGUAGCAAACUGAUUAAAUCUGAGUUAUUAAGCAGUGCCUGGACUGGUUUUUUUGCUGGUUGCCUACACACUCUCUCUGGCCCUGAUCAUCUUGCUGCUCUAGCCCCUUUAUCUAUUGGCCGAACAAGAGUAGAGAGUGCUAUAGUCGGGGCCCUUUGGGGCUGUGGCCAUGAUGCAGGCCAAGUAAUUUUUGGACUUCUAUUUUUGCUCCUUAAAGAUCGCCUUCACAUUGAAAUCAUUAGAACAUGGGGAACAAGAGUUGUUGGCUUAACUCUACUUGUAAUUGGAGCUAUGGGGAUAAAAGAAGCUUCAGAAGUUCCUACCCCUUGUGUUGCUUUAGAGAAUGGGGAGUGUGAUGUGAGUAGUAUACAUGAGCCAUUAAAUCUUCAACCAAGUGGAAAGAAAAAGAUUGGAUUUGCGACUUUUGCCACUGGAAUUGUGCAUGGUCUUCAGCCUGAUGCAUUAAUGAUGGUUUUGCCGGCGCUUGCUCUUCCUUCACGAUUAGCUGGUGCUGCUUUUUUAGGUAUGUUUCUUGUCGGAACUGUUCUUGCGAUGGGGAGUUAUACGGUUUUUAUAGGUUCUUGUAGCCAAGCUUUGAAAGAACGGGUUCCUAGGAUAACGGAAAAGCUGACAUGGGCUGCUUCGGUCUUAGCGAUAUCUAUGGGAGUAGGCAUUAUCAUUAGCCAGUUUUUUGGUUUCAGCUUGUACUGAUUUUAACAGUUAUUUGAUAAAUUUUUUGACGUCUUGCGAGAUUCACCAAAAUGCUCCUUUAAGAGAACUUAGGGAUUUACAUAAUAGAAAUUAUUCUAUGAUAGUCCGUUCUAUUGUUCUUCCUCUUUUAUCUACAGUUCAGUGUUGUAUAUGCA